GCGUGUUGCGGGAAUAAAUUGACACAUAAAACCUGGAGCCUAACCUUAAACCCCUCAGUCCCACCCCACUAUAACAAACUCACCAAAAAACAAAAUUCUUGUUUCUGUGUGUGUUUUGUUGAUCUAACAUUGAAGAUGGGAAGAAUAUUUGUGGUAGAUCUUGAAGGCAGAACAUACAAGUGCAAAUUCUGCAAAACCCACUUAGCCCUUACUGAUGACGUUGUUUCUAGGGUAACCCCUUUUCUUCAAUUCCCUCAAAUGGGAUUUCAUUGCCGCAGAGGAAAAGCGUACCUCUUCAAUAAAGUGGUGAACGUAACUGUUGGACCUCAUGAGGAGAGGGUGAUGCUUUCUGGGAUGCACACGGUAGCAGAUAUAUUUUGUUGCUGUUGUGGGCAAAUCGUUGGCUGGAAAUAUGAGGCUGCCCACGAGGAAAGCCAGAAGUACAAAGAAGGGAAGUUUGUUCUCGAAAGGGAUAGGAUCAUUGAUGGAGUUGACACUGAAUUCUACAUCGAUACUCGUCCAAGUAUCAGCGAUCCUGAGGAUGCAUAGGCUUUGUUAUGUUUGUAUCUAAACAUUUGCGUCGUCGUAUCUUGUAGGUCUAGUAGUUUGUAGAUAUAGUUCAGAAGCUGUUUGUAUCAAAACAUAGUGUGGGUUGUAUCUUGUAGGUCUUAGUUUGUAAAUAUUAAAAAAAGUUUAUGCAUAAGUGUUUAGGUCUACAAAACAGGAUACCUUAUGUAAGGAGUUUUUCGUUAUGUAAGAAAAAAUAGAACUUAAGAGCUAGUAUGGUUAGAAACUGAACUUUUUUAGAUUAA